AUGGUACCAGUAUCCGCAGAUAGUUGUAUGAUGCUGGUUGAUCGAUGGAAUAAAUUAGCGGGGACUCAGAGAAUUUGUGAAAUCGAUGUCUGGACUGAAUUUCAAGAUCUUACGCGUGAUAUCAUAUCUCGGGCAGCAUUUGGUAGCAGCUAUGAAGAAGGCAGGAAGAUCCUAAAAUUACAAAAAGAACUCCAGGUGCUAGUUAUGGAAGCCAUGCAAACUGUAUACAUUCCUGGUUUAAGGUUUAUUCCAACCAGAAAGAAUAGAAGUAGAUACAGCUUGAACAAAAGGAUUACCUCGAUACUCAGGACAUUAGUGGAGAAGAAAGACAGAUCAAUAACAGCAGGAGAAUCCAGGAGCGACGACUUAUAAGGCCUCCUCGUGCAAUCCAUUAAACAAAUAGAUCUGCAAAAUAAUGCGAGUGGCACAAUUAGGAACCAAAUGACAGUAGAAGAGAUCAUAGAGGUAUGCAAGUUGUUCUACCUUGCCGGACAUGAGACAACUUCAAGUUGGUUGACUUGGAUAAUUGUCGUCUUAGCCAUGCACCAAGACUGGGCAGAAAAGGCCAGGGAGGAAGUUCUGCAAGUAUGUGGAAGAAAUGUCCCAAGUUUCAAUGGCAUAAGCCGCCUCAGAAAUGUCACUAUGAUAGUAUAUGAAGUCCAGAGGUUAUAUUCCCCUGUAAUUGCUCUAUACCUACAAACCUCCAAAGAAACCAAGAUAGGGGACAUCAUUGUACCAGCUGCAGUGGAUAUCACAUUGCCUCUACUGCAUAUCCACCAUGAUCGUGAUCUUUGGGGCGAUGAUGCUGAGGAGUUCAAACCAGAAAGGUUCUCAGAAGGAGUUGCAAAGGCAUCUAAAGAUAGGCUAGCCUUCUUUCCCUUCGGCUGGGGUCCAAGGAUGUGUAUUGGAAACCAUUUUGCAACAAUACAAGUUAAAGUUGCAUUGGCUGUGAUCUUACAAAAUUUCUCAUUUCAACUCACACCAUCCUAUCCUAACACGGUCAUGACUCUUCAACCUCAACAUGGAGCUCAAAUUACUUUCAACCAAAUUUAAUAAAGAUGAACAAUGCUAAUCAU